AGUGUCAUCUCCUCCCCGGCGGCAGGGGGCGCUGUGCCGGCUGAAGACGUCCCCACUCCGGUCGUUUACACUUCCGUUUCCGAGAGGCAAGGAGCCGCAACAACAACAGCCACAGACAGAUUUAUUCCACUAUAAAACCUCUUAACAUUAAUAUCGGAGUCUGAGGAUGUCGGGACAGAAACGUCCUGCCGACUCUAGCAGUUCCUCGUCCUCCGGUGCCCCCCCAGAGAAGCGGAGGGAGAGGGAGGGAGAUGACGGGGGACCCGGUGUCAGCGCUGCUGCCGGGGGGAGCACCGCCGUGGAGACUGUCAUCAAGCUGGGAGGAGUGUCCAACUCGGAAGAGCAAGACAUCAAAGCUCUCCAGGCCAAGAACCGGAAACUGGGAGAGGCUCUCGAUCUCAGACAAGUGAUUGAGGACGAACUGCGAGAGAGGAUUGAGCGACUGGAGACCCGGCAGGCUACCGAUGAUGCCAGUCUGCUCAUCCUCAACAGAUACUGGAACCAGUUUGAUGAAAACAUUCAGUUGACCAUCAGGCGUUACGACCAAGCAAGCAGCGAAACUGAGAAAUCUGUGGCAGGUGAGGGACGGAGCCUCAAGCCAGGCACUCCAGAGCCCGAUGGAGACUCUAACCAGGAGAGGGCCAAGGACAGAGGCCAAACGGGAGAGGCGGCCAACUCCUUCCUGGCCACGCUGGCUAGCAGCAGCAGCGAGGAGAUGGAGGCUGAGCUGCUGGAGAGGGUGGAGUCCAGCCAGAAGCAGGCCAAUCAUGUGGUGGAGAUCUAUGAGUGUCUGAAGAGCACCGUGGACCAGCUGAAGGCAGAGGUGGACUCCGGAGUUGAGGGCAGCCUGUGGCAGGCAGCUUCCAAAUUGAACUCUCUCCUGACCAACGAAAACAAGCGACUGCAUCAGCUUACUGAGGACCUGAAGCAGAAGCACAGCCACAUGACAAGCGAGUCCCGGUCUCUGGGUCGCGCAGCAAACAAAGCAGACCAGCGCGUGAGCGAGCUGCAGGUUCUGAUCGAGGAGCUCCAGUGGGACAUGGAGAAGAUCCGCCGCCGAGAGAAUAGACUGAAUGCACACCUGAUCGAGAUACUGGAGAGGGUGAACAGCAAAGGUUAUAAGGUGUGUGGGGAGGCCAGCAGUGUUUGUGGGACCAUCACCAUUAACAAGAGAAAGUUUGAAGAAAUGAACAGUGAGAUGGAGGAGAACACAGAGCUGGCAGACAACCGCCUCAUUGAGCUGCAGAAGCUCCAACAGGACCUGCAGACUGUGCACCAGGAGAACAACAGCAUGAAGACGGAGCUGCUGAGUCGAGCAGAAGGCAUGGUGAAAGAGACUUCAGAGUAUCGUUGCCUUCAGUCGCAGUUUUCUGUGCUCUACAACGAGUCUCUGAUUCUAAAGGCUCAGUUAGAUGAGACACGCGCUCGUCUCAACACUACCCGGACGGCACGGCUUCGACAGCUGGAGCACAUGGAGAAUGAUGAGGUGGCUCUGCAAAGGAAGGUUCGGACCGAGGUGUUUCAGCUGGAGGACACACUGGCUCAGGUCAGGAAGGAGUAUGAGAUGUUGCGCAUCGAAUUUGAACAGACUCUCGCUGCCAAUGAGCAAGCAGGUCCCAUCAACAGAGAGAUGCGUCACCUGAUCAGCACUCUGCAAACCCACAACCAGCAGAUGAAGGGAGAGGUGGUGAAAUACAAGAUCAGACUGAGAGAAACACAGUCUGAGCUCAACCAGGUCCGCGCCUCAAAGGGCAACGCCAUCCUCCAAUCUCAGUCAAGCACAGAGAUGGACGUGAAGGAUGAGACAACCUCUCCUUCCACCCCAGCUGUCUCUGGGGAACCUGUGAUCAAGACAGAGCCCGACAACGGCUCCUCCACACCCAGCAGCACAGGAGCUUCGGUGAAAACGGAGCCUGGAGUAGAUCCUGAGGCCACAGUGAAGGAAGAGGAGAAAGAGGAAAAGAAAGACAAGGAGGAAAAGAAAGAAAAGGACAUUGUAAAGAAAGAGGAGAAAGACCGAGAGCGGGAGAAAGAGAAGGAAAAGGAGAGAGAGAGACCGACCCGCAGCGGUGUAAUAAAGGAGGAGAAAGAGAAGCCAGGGAGCAGCAACCAACCCGAGGAUUCGGCCGGGGAGCGCCUGUCUAUGGUCGGAGGGUCAAAGAGGAAGGAGAUGGAGCAGCUGAAGAUUGUCCGAGCAGAACUUAAGAAAGCCCAGGAGUCGCAGAGGGAGAUGAAGCUGCUGCUGGACAUGUACCGCUCAGCGCCGAAGGAGCAGAGGGACAAAGUCCAGCUGAUGGCUGCAGAGAAGAAGUCCAAGUCAGAGGGAGAGGAGCUUCGACAGAGGCUUCGGGAGCUGGAGGAGAGGGAGAGGAGGGAGGGUAAGAAAAUGGCAGAUGAAGAGGCUCUGAGAAAGAUCCGCUCUGUGGAGGAGCAGAUCGACAUCCUCAACAAGAAGCUCUCUAUAGCAAAACAGGAGGAGGACGCACUGCUGAGCGAGAUGGACGUGACGGGCCAGGCCUUCGAGGACAUGCAGGAACAGAAUAUCCGUCUGAUGCAGCAGCUCCGAGAGAAAGACGAUGCCAACUUCAAGCUGAUGAGCGAGCGGAUCAAGUCCAACCAGAUUCACAAGCUGCUAAAAGAGGAGAAGGAGGAGCUGGCCGACCAACUGCUCACCUUAAAAACUCAGGUGGAUGCACAGCUGCAGGUGGUGAGGAAGCUUGAGGAAAAGGAGCGCCUCCUGCAGGGCACCAUCAGUACUGCGGAGCGAGAGUUGACACUUCGAACACAAGCGUUGGACAUGAACAAACGCAAGGCUCAGGACUCUGCGCUGCUGUCAGAGGAGGUGCGAACUCAGCUGGAGCAGGUUCAGCAGAGGCUCAAGCUGGUCAGAGAGGAAGUGGUCGAGAACAGCAUCUCCCGGGAGAAAGAAUCCUUUAACGCCCGACGAGCACAGGAGGACAUCUCUAAACUGAGACGAAAGAUCGAGAAGGCCAAGAAACCAGCGGAGAAAAUCAGCAACGGAGAUGACAUCUUAAAUGAAGAAAUCAAUGACUAUAAGGCUCGUCUAACGUGUCCGUGCUGCAACUCUCGGGUGAAGGAUGCAGUACUGACAAAGUGCUUCCACGUCUUCUGCUUCGAGUGCGUGAAGACACGCUACGACACACGUCAGAGGAAGUGCCCCAAGUGCAACGCCGCCUUCGGAGCAAACGACUUCCACCGCAUUUACAUCGGCUGAAGACGCCGCGUUUACUGGAGAGGAAAAAAGGGGGCCAACAAGAGAAGCAGUAGUACAAAUACUGCCGGGGGCAAGACUCACCAUUAUGAACAUGUACCCGCCCUCCCUCCUCCAUACAAGACUACACGAGUGUGAUAUCUCUGGAUGAUUCCAGCCUCGUAGGGCCGCAGUGAUGCUCUGAACAGAACGCUUUAAUGUUUUUGUUUUUGUUUUGUUUUUUAAAAGAAUGACUGAAUUCAUCUUCUCCCACCCAGUAUCCACUACUUUACUGUGUGCUUUCAGAUACUGAAGCAGGAAGAAUGGAGGGAAUGUGAUCAUGCCAGUUUGCAUCACAUACUGCAUUGUGUGUGUGUGUGUGCGAGCGUGAGUGUAAGUGUGUGUGAGAGUGUGAAAGUGUGUGUUUGUGUUUGAAAACGACCUAUUCAGCAAACCAGUAUACAAAGAAAAACCAUUAGUUCAAUGAGAAAUACAAAUAAAGUUCCUCUCGUCUGUUUAAUGUUGGCGUGUAUGUACAUAUACUGUGUCUCUUUACCGUUUCAUUUUUUAUUUGAAUCUGCCUUUUCUCUAAAAAUCUUUACAAUCAGACUCGAUGCUCUGUACUUGCUGUUCCACUAGUUAUUAAACUGUUCAGCUCUUGCUUAUA